AGAAAGGGAGUGAUGUGUAAAAUAAGUCAGAAAGGGCUAGUUGAGGCCAGAUUGUGGAGAGCCUUGGGGUGUUUAUCCCAGAGGCUACUUCGUGUUCUUGAGCAAGGAAUCUUCAGAGUCUGUCUUGUGCUUUAGGCAUAGAGUUGACAUUUUGGGUGGAGAAACCAAAGAAAUUAUGACAACCAUUAUUACUGAACGGUGGGCUCGAGAUGUUGUGGAGGUAGAAUCUAAAAAUACUGGCAACUGAUAUGGCAGGCAGUUCACUGAACUCAGUUGGCUUCUUUGACUAGAGAUGUAAGUUAGCUUUGAUGGCUAGUUUGUUCAAGGUGGCCAGGAAGUUACCCAAGUAGGCAGCUGUUUACAUUGAAAGGGAAAAUUCAGCAGUCUUCUCCUCCCCCUUUGAAAUCUGUAGCCUUACUUUGGAAAUUAAUCCAUAGGAUCAUGGACCUUUAUGAAAGGGACUUUUGAGUUCUUGUUCCAUCCCUUAUUAUUACAGAUGAAGAAACUGAGGAAGUGACUUACUAAUGGAUCAGAAUUACCACUCAAAUCCAGGUCUUCUGACUAUAAGUACAGUAUUUUUUCUACUAUACCAUGUCCCCCUGAACCCCCCCCCCCUUUAUUGACAUAUCUUUGAAAGUAGACUGGGUGGCUAAUUGUUCUUACUGUACCCUGAACAAGAGUUCUCAAAUGACACAGGGGUUUUUGUGGUUAUAAUUUUAGGUUCUUCUAAAAUCCCUUCUGAAAACCAAUGCUAUAAUGUAUUUGCAAUCCCUCUUUUCCUUUCUUCCUUUCACUGCCAGAUAUAUGCAGAGAUCAGGAUGAUAUAUUGGUUACUAGCAGUCUCAUCUUUGUCACUUGUAGAGAUGAUGUUUACUCCUGGCCCAGGGCACAGAUAUAAGGCCAAAGGCCAAUGAUGCUGCUAGUGCCGAAGUGGAGAGAAUGGGGAAAAGGAUGUGAUUUGAGGAAGGCAGAAGAAGGAAAGUGGCAAGGGAGGAGAGAAGGUAAACAGUCAUUUGAGGGAAAGAAUGUUUUAGAAGUAUAAGUUUACUUGAUAACAGAGAAUUCUCCAACUCAUCUUCAUGAAGCUGAGUUAGCAUCAGAUUACGCUUCAUGUCAGUAGAAAUGGACAGCAGCAGUUUUAUUCAGUUUGAUGUGCCCGAGUACAGCAACACAGUUCUGAGCCAGUUAAAUGAACUCCGCCUUCAAGGAAAACUGUGUGACAUCAUUGUGCACAUUCAGGGCCAGCCAUUCCGAGCCCACAAAGCUGUCCUUGCUGCCAGCUCUCCCUAUUUUCGUGACCAUUCAGCAUUAAGUACCAUGAGUGGCUUAUCCAUUUCCGUGAUUAAAAAUCCUAAUGUCUUUGAACAGUUGCUCUCAUUCUGUUACACUGGAAGAAUGUCCUUACAGCUGAAGGAUGUUGUCAGUUUCCUCACUGCUGCUAGCUUUCUUCAGAUGCAAUGUGUCAUCGAUAAGUGCACACAGAUCCUGGAGAGCAUCCACUCAAAAAUCAGCAUUGGGGAGGUCGACUCUGUUACCAUUGGUGCUGAUGAGAACUCAGAAAAUCGCAACGGAGUUAAAGAGAGCAGCUUCUUUGCCAACCCAGUAGAGAUCUCGCCUCCAUAUUGCUCUCAGGUGCGACAGCCCACAGCUGGAAAUGAUCUACGGAUGGAGGCAACUCCAAGCAAAUCCCUGCGUGGCCGAUUGCAAGAAGAAGGCCAUUCAGACCGAGGAAGCAGUGGGAGUGUCUCCGAGUAUGAGAUUCAGAUAGAGGGUGACCAUGAACAAGGGGACUUGAUUGUGAGAGAGAGCCAGAUCACAGAGGUGAAAGUGAAAAUUGAGAAAUCAGACCGACCCAGCUGUUCAGACAGUUCUUCCUUGGGUGAUGAUGGCUACCACACUGAAAUGGUAGAUGGUGAACAAGUGGUGGCAGUGAAUGUAGGCUCCUAUGGCUCUGUGUUACAGCAUGCAUACUCCUUUUCCCAAGUAGCUUCUCAGCCAUCAAGUAUGUCAGAAACUUUUGGGAACCUGAGUAACUCCAGCCCUUCAAGGUCCAUGCUAAGUUGUUUUCGAGGGGGCCGAGCACGCCAAAAGCGCCCCUCCUCUGUCCAUCUGCACAGUGAUCUGCAGAGUUUAGUUCAAGGGUCAGAUGGUGAAGCUCUUGUAAAUAAUCCCGGGUAUGAGAAUAGCCCCCGGGAGAGGAGUGCACGAGGUCACUGGUAUCCAUACAAUGAAAGGUUGAUCUGCAUUUACUGUGGAAAAUCUUUUAACCAAAAGGGGAGUCUUGACCGUCAUAUGCGACUCCACAUGGGGAUCACCCCUUUCGUAUGUAAGUUCUGUGGUAAGAAGUACACAAGAAAAGACCAGUUGGAGUACCACAUCCGGGGCCAUACUGACGAUAAGCCUUUCCGUUGUGAGAUCUGUGGGAAGUGCUUUCCCUUUCAGGGAACACUCAACCAGCAUCUUCGGAAAAAUCAUCCAGGGGUGUCCGAAGUCCGAAGUCGUAUUGAGUCCCCAGAAAGAACAGAUGCAUAUGCAGAACAGAAAAUUGAGAAUGAUGCCUCCAACUCUGAGGCAGGCCUGGAUUCCAGUAUGGAAAUUCACACAGUGUCUAAUGCCCCCGACUAAGAUAUAUAAGUGCACCCCAAACAAAGCACACUCAUCAAUGCAUUUCUAAAAAUUUUGCUGUAGGUAACCCUUAGUCCAAUUAUUCCUUUGGUUUUCCUGAUCACCUUGAAACCUAGUAGGUGCACAGCAAAUUUUCCCAUGGUUUCUAGAUAGCAGCACACUUUGCCAUUUUUGUUUUUUGCUUCCAAGGAGACUGGGUAUAUGUGUGUUGAAAGAGUUUAGAAUCCGACGGGCCAAAAAUACAGGGAAAACAUGGGUUGAUGUUAUUCCUCUGGAUGAAUUAUUUCAAUCCCAAUUCUGGCAGUAGCAUAGCUAAGCCAACUGGGUUCACCCUAUCUUCACUACCCAGGGGCAUAUAUUCUCUCUUAGUGUGCAUGUAGACUUCUAUGCAUGGGCAUGGAGAGAGAAUAAGAUGUGUCCAGAUGAUCUGAUGAUAACCUUUUAGAGUUGAAAAUUACUUUUUUGGUAGUUAGAAAAUUUAUACAUAUUAUAUAUAUAAUAAAGCAUUUAUUAUAUAUAUUACAUAUAUACAUUCUUAAAUUUGCUUUUAUUCUGGUUGAGGUGAAUGUAAGAGGAAUAUGUAAGUUAAUAUAGUGUGUACAGGGCUUUUUGACUCUUAAUCUCAUCUCCACUUAAUAUAUUUUAAGACCUUGCCCCUUUAUCCCUCAAAGAAUGUUAUUUGGUUUUCUUAUAUAUUAAUCAUAGUGUCCAAAAGUCAGCAAAGCAAAUGAUACUGUUUUUUAUAAAGUCCACUUCAUAAACACAUAAACCAAAUGCCAUAAAUCUAUUCAACUCUAGUUAGAAUUGUUUGGAAAUUUUGUUAGUUGUCCAGUAGAUAAGCUGGAUGACACGUGGUGCUGCCCUUUUUUACACAGCUGUAAUGUAAUUAUCCAACCCUAAAGUAACAGUGGUUUUAAAUGUUUUUACUGGCCUAAGAAUCUACCUUCAUUUCGUACUGUAGAAACCUAAAUACCAGGUAACUAAAUCAAAUCACUCUACAUGAUGAGUUGCUACUCUCACUAAAGGAAGAGAGGGUUGUAGCUCUGACUAUAUCUCCACACAGUGUUGAUAUAUCUAUCUAUCUAUCUAUCUAUCUAUAUAUAUAUAUACAUAUAUAUUUUUGUUUUUGUUUUGUUUUGUUUUCUCCAAACAGCCGGUUCAGGUGCAUAGUAACUUUCUAUAUUGCGGUUCCUUGUGAAACUGCGAAACUUGGAAAUUUGUACUUUUUUGUAAAGAUAUAUUCUAUGGGAAUCGCAAGCAAUAUGUCUAUCUUGUGUGCUACAGAAAGCCACAGUGGCUUCCCCAUUUUUUCAGUGGCUAAUCAGUGUUUCCUGCUUAAUGAAACCAACCAUAAGAAACCCUCUUUAAGAUACUUUGUGUGUCACCAAAUAUUUGUGUGUCACCCAUUUUUGUUUUAUGUGGUGCUACUUUUAUGUUUAAUAUCAGUUAGGUCAGUAUAAUAUAGAAAAUGUGAAACCUUAUGGUAAUAGUGAAUUAUAAGCAACAGGUUUUUUUUCUUUCUCUUAUUAAUUUGCUUGAAAAAGAGACCUCAAAAUCUUGUGCUAGCAAACACAUUACUAUAUAAGAACAGAUGUGAUCCCUAUUUAAAAAAAAAUUCAUUAGGAAAUGUUUUAGUUCUCUACAGAGUGCUCAUAUGUGCUGAUAGUGUACCAAAAGAUGCUUUCUUUACACGAAAAAAGUUAAUUUGGUUUGCUACUGUAUACUCUGGUUGAUUAAGAGUGAGUUUGCAGCAAAGGUCAUGAGCAGGUGCUCUGGAGGUUGCCAUGAGGAUGGCCAGCCCUCCAUAAACUCUCUUCUGGAGUGAUAACUUAGCUCUGCAGACUUGCUAUGGAAAAACUUCUCAGUUGAAGAAGAAUAAAAGUUUUUUUUUUUUUUUAAUGAGCUGUGAUUUAGUUUACAGGAUUACCAAAAAAUAAAAAAAAUAUGUGUGUGUGUACACACACACACACACACACACACACGUUUGCUGGUUUGCAAUGCUUUUGUGGCUCAUAUCAAAUAGUGGGGGGGUUUUGUUUUGUUUUAAGAAAAAAUCAAGCCCUCGUCCAUAAUGACCCCUUGUGGGGUGUGGCUGGGUGGUAGCUGCUUUCUUGAAAACACAGUGUCUGCUAACCUUGUAACCAGCUGCACUAUGGAUCAGUGUUACUACAUACAGAUUACACUAUAAAUCUAGCUGCUCCAGAGGAGCAGUUUUUAGCUAAAUCGGGUAUAUAAUAUGCCUUUUUUCCUCUUAAAACUGCCUAAAUAAGGGGUUUGUUCUCUCCUUGAAGCACUUGCGUAACUCCUAUUAAAGCCUUGUGCCUCAUGGGGAGACUGGACUCUUAAGUGUUUACCCAAUUAAAUACAUUCUGGGGUUUCAGGUAAAUGUUUGUGGUGUUUUUUCUUACAUGAAUGAGGUUUUGUUUUGUUUUUGUUUUUUAAAGAAAUUAAAUGCAAAAAAUUGUGUUUUGAUACAACUAAGUAUGUGACAAGAAAUGGCCAAAUCAAGGACACAGGAGGUUGGGCUCAGGGAACCCCCUUCUCCUCUCAGGCUUGGAGCCCUUGGGUGGGUUUCCAUUAACAUAUUGUGUGAACUGAAGCAAGUUAGGAGAAGGGAAGUUUGGGCAGCACCUUGUACGUCCUGGCUCUUGUCAUUGUGUCACAGUCUUAACCUUAUUUAAAUGGAGUUCUUUGUAUUUGUAAAUCUAUUAAACUGGUUUGAGUUUACCAAAGAGUGACUUAUCCAAAAUUGUCUCUGACAAAAAAAAUAUAUACAUUGCUUUGAUUGUACAGUUCAGGUUCAAAACAUUGUAAUGGGACUGUUAAGGGGCAGGAAAUUGAUUCAUUUUCUCAAUAAUAAUCAUGAUUCAACAUUUUUGCAAGUUCCACUUGCCUCCCAUUCAUGUUGCUAACACUUUACCCUUUCCACUGCUAGCAGUGUUAAGAAUGAAUUCUCAAGCCAUAACACAGUACUGUAACCAUUCAGCAGUGCUUUGGAGAAUGCAGACAUCUAGGCCAGCAUAGGGCUCCCUUGUCUCUUUGAGCAUUUCUAAGGUCACACUACCCAGUGUGAAGUCUGGUGGAAGAUGAACUUCAGAUCUGGCAGCAGCAGUUAAAUUGUGCCUUGUCACAUGAUGAUAUGCCAGGGGGACUAUCAUGACCACAACCUAGAAACUUUUGGCUACCCGAAGUUCAUUCCAUGUCUCCUCAAAGAAGAAAUAUGCUGAGUGGUAACUGCUUAAAGCAACUUUUAAAAAAAGUACAGUACCUAUUUCUGUACAGUUUGGGGUUAACACAGUACUGUUAUACAUUUUCAUUUAUAACAGAUGCAGAAGUCAAUAAGAUAACAAGUGAUAUGUGAAAUCUUUUAACAGUGAAAUAUAUCCUGAAUACAUAUAGGCUUGUUCAUAAUUGAGUCUCUUCUUGAGCUACCUUUUUCAAUAAAUAGACAAUGUGAAGACAGUGACAGCGUCCUUUUCUAUAGAUAUUUAACCUGUUAUUGCAAACUGUGAAAACAAAGAAUUUUAUACUUUUGCUAAUGUUUGUGGUUUUAAACAAUUAUUUUGGUUCUCCUAAUCAGUUCUCUACCAUAUCAUUUCUACGAAACCUGUAAAUACAUUUAGAAAUUAUAUUUGUAAAUACAUUAUAUAUUUCAUUUAUUUUAGUCAGUGGAAAGACUCAAGAUUGGAUUCUGCCUUUAAUUUUUGUUUUAAUAGCAGAAAGGAUACUGUCAGUUCACUGUUAAGCAAAAGAUACUGUAGAACUAAAUUGAUUUCUAGGAUUCUUCCCAGACAUGAGUAGGAAAGUCAUGUUUUCCAAAAAUGUAACCAAGUCUUCACUUUGCUCUUAGCCCAAAUGGUAAGGCCUGUGUUAUAAUUAAAAAAAGAAAAGAAAAAAGCCCAAAGCAUGGGAAGAACUUGCAGAAAUACAAAAUAAGGGCUAGGGCGGGGAGGGUGAGAAUUUAUGUGAAUGAGCUUUACUUUAAAGAAAUCAGUGUAUUUUAUUUGAAUAGCUUUUUAUAUUAGUUACUGUGAUUCUUUUAUUACGGUAUUCUGAAAGGGUUUCCUGUGAAGCCUCCUGAAAGGGACUCAAAUAUGCAACACCGAAUCUAUUUUCCAAGGGAGUGUUCCCCUUGGAUGGUGCUUCUAGACUGGUCAGGGUUAUUUAUUAAAUUUUAUAUAUGAAAAGUAUUUGGGAAUUGUGUAAAUUCUUUAUAUGAAUCUAGUUCAUAAAUCAUAGAUUUCAUAAUUGCUCAGUGCAACUGAACUAGAGGUUCAGGAAAGUCAUUCACUUUGUUCCAAGUUUAUAAUGGCUGUUGUGCAUUUCUUACAUAUCUUGUUCAAAAAGUGCCAGUGUGGUUUAGCUGCCUCUACCCAAUUUGGGACUCCCCAGGCCUGGCAAUGACCUGCUUUCUCAGGAUUCUUGAAUCUGUGUGAAGACUGCUCGGCCUAGCCAAAAGGGAGCUUGGGACACCCCACACUGUCCCAGUAUUUUGAUCAAGUGGAGCAAUGAGCCUUGCUUAGGACCCCUAAGCACCUGCCCUAGUGGCAGCCACAGCAAACAAACCUCUUGCUGCUCGCUCCUCAACAAGUAUGCUGUGAAUUCAGCCUUUGGAUUUAUUUCCAAGGCCUUGGUUGUUGCCCUGACUAUACAGUAAGAGGUGAAUUAAAUUGGUUUGUUAUGAGAAUAACCAUUUAUCAAUGUGAAAAGCAUUUCUGGCCACUUUUCUUGGUAGGGCUAACAUUCUCCAUUAUAAAUGGUGGAACAAUCAGAAUGAUUUAACUCUCAGUGUCAUUAUCUUGCAAUAUAAACUGGUAACCUCACAAGUCCCCACUUCAUCGCCACAUGAAGUAAUGAAGCUAGCUAAGCUGAUGCUGUCAGGACAGUAACUUGCCAUAAGGAUUCUUUUAUAAGCAUGAAUUUAAACUAUUUAUUCAAAUGCUAUUUUACUCUUGUAUCCAUUGGGUUUUAGAUUUGUGACACGGAUACUUCAGUGCUGCUUAAUUUUGUUUGGAUGAAUUCUUGGUUCUUGCUUGUAAAUGGCUUUUUUUUUAUGGUAUCAAUAAAGUCAAUGGAAAUUGCUGUUUGUAAAUAAAAAUGCUUAUAGAGCAAA